AUGCGAGUGUCACUUUUCGCAAUAGUAAUGGGCCUUCUAUAUGGAAUUAUAGAAGCCUCCCCAGCUCGUAGAGCAGAAUCCGAUACAGCCAAUUCCAGCGAUAAUUCCUCAACUAGAUCUCCCACUUCUACCGCAAUGGAUGCCACUAGCACAAACGAAAUACCUUCAGCAUUAGAAACUACAACCUCAAUUACAGAUGAAGGAUUGAAUCCAUGGGUCACCGUUGAUGCCAGUGGACAUGCGUCAACAGUUACUCCCAUCCUUACGACGAUCAAUAGUAAAGUCACUACAAUCGAUGCUGCUCCGGCACAAUUGACUGCUACCAGUGCUUCCUCUAUCUCUGAAGCAUCAACUACAUCUACAGCUAGUGAAGUGGUACCUACAUCGACAGGCGGUGGAGCUUUUAAGAUCUGCCACAAUCUCAAAGGAAAGUUUGCGCCGUUUUGUAAGCCAGAUAAUGGGUCUAGUGUAUAUGUCGACGAGACAUAUUAUGUUACUUGGGAUGCUCGGUACUUCGCCGAGUCGAAUAUCUCGGUUUUUAUACAGGCAAACUAUGUAAAUGCUUCAGGCGGAGGGGUACAGGCUUUUCAAUCAGUGCCCACAAGUAACAAUCUUGGUUUCAUUUCUUGGACGAUAGAUAAGAGCUGGUUGAAGGGUAUGAAGUUCAACAACGUAACGUUAUUCGUCACUCCCACCCAGAAAACGGAUAUCAUUUCCGUACAAGGACCAACACUCAUGGUGACUACUUCUCCUGCGCCUGAACCAUAUCGUCAAUCUCCAAGCAAAGCUCCACAAGGCGCUUCUCUCUAUAUUGCCCUUCCAACAGUCCUCGCAUUUAUUGCCAUAGUCAUUGGUGGAACGUGGUAUUGCAAUCGAAAGCAUCGCACUAUUGGGAUGGGUAAUGUGAUGGGUCGACGCAAGGGAUACGGAACUGGUUCAAGAAGACAAAGAAUGGGAUUAGGGAAGAAGAAAGAUCGAGCAAUUAUGUUGAGAACCCAGGAGUUAACAGCCGAUGGCCAGUAUAGGGAUGUUCCACCAUCAAGAGUAGAGGAUCCAUCGAUGCAUUAUCGCGAUGAAACGGGUUGGGAUAAUGAUGAGAGUUUCAAAGAUGAGACUAGACGACAAGCUGGGUCAAGACUCUAA